CCCCGCUGUGUGACUGCUGCCGCUCCCCGGCCGCUCAUCCUCUCUCUGUCAGUCAGAGAUCGCGGUGCUGUCUCCCGGUCACCGUCCCGCCGCCUCCCGGUUACCGUCCCGCCGCCUCCCCGGUCACCGUCCCUCCGCCUCCCGGUCUCGCAGCCUCCGCCGGUCCCCGUGCUCUCGGCCUCCGUGGCCAUGUCGGACCCGGGCGGGGGAGAUGAGAGCAGCGCCGGGCUGGAGGUGUCGGUCGCGGUGCAGAACGUGGCGGACCCGUCGGUGCUGCAGAAGCAUAUCCGGAAGCUGGUGCCGCUGCUGCUGGAGGAUGGCGGGGACGUCCCGGCCGCCCUGGAGGCUGCUCUGGAGGAGAAGAGCGCCCUGGAGCAGAUGAGGAAGUUCCUGUCCGACCCGCAGGUGCACACGGUGCUGGUGGAGAGGAGCACGCUGAAAGAGGAUGUUGGCGAUGAAGGAGAAGAGGAACGGGAAUUCAUUUCUUACAACAUCAAUAUCGACAUACACUAUGGACUUAAGUCAAACAGCUUGGCAUUCAUUAAGCGCACACCUGUUAUUGACGCAGACAAGCCAGUAUCCUCCCAGCUGCGGGUUCUGACGCUCAGUGAAGACUCCCCGUACGAGACUCUGCACUCUUUCAUCAGCAAUGCUGUUGCUCCUUUCUUUAAAUCUUACAUCAAAGAAUCUGGGAAAGCAGACAGGGAUGGCGAUAAAAUGGCUCCAUCGGUGGAGAAGAAGAUUGCAGAAUUGGAGAUGGGCCUUCUGCACCUGCAGCAGAACAUUGAGAUCCCAGAGAUCAGCUUAAUGAUUCACCCAAAUAUUACCAAUGUGGCCAAGCAGUGCUAUGAGAGAGGGGAGAAGGCCAAGGUCACAGAUUUUGGAGACAAGGUGGAAGAUCCGACAUUCCUGAACCAGCUGCAGUCCGGAGUUAAUCGCUGGAUUCGGGAAAUACAGAAGGUGACCAAGCUGGACCGGGACCCAGCGUCUGGAACAGCUCUGCAGGAAAUCAGUUUUUGGCUGAACCUGGAGAGAGCGCUGUACCGUAUUCAGGAAAAGCGCGAGAGCCCCGAGGUUCUCCUUACUCUGGACAUCUUGAAGCAUGGCAAGCGGUUUCAUGCAACCGUCAGCUUUGACACGGACACGGGUCUGAAGCAAGCCUUGGAAACGGUGAACGACUACAACCCUCUGAUGAAAGACUUUCCUCUGAAUGACCUUUUGUCUGCCACCGAGCUGGACAAAAUAAGACAGGCCCUUGUUGCCAUUUUCACCCAUCUCCGAAAAAUCCGAAACACAAAGUAUCCGAUUCAGCGAGCUCUGCGGCUGGUGGAAGCAAUUUCCAGAGAUCUCAGCUCUCAGCUGCUGAAAGUCUUGGGCACAAGGAAGCUGAUGCAUGUGGCGUAUGAGGAGUUUGAAAAGGUCAUGGUUGCCUGCUUUGAGGUCUUCCAAACCUGGGAUGACGAGUAUGAGAAACUGCAAGUGUUACUGAGAGACAUUGUAAAACGAAAGCGAGAGGAGAAUUUAAAAAUGGUUUGGAGGAUAAAUCCAGCCCACCGGAAGCUGCAGGCCCGCCUGGACCAGAUGCGGAAAUUCAGACGGCAGCAUGAACAGCUGAGAGCGGUGAUUGUGCGUGUUCUCAGGCCACAGGUCACUGCGGUGGCUCAGCAGAACCAGGGGGAAGUGCCGGAGCCUCAGGACUUGAAAGUAACUGAAGUCCUGUUUGAGGCUGCCGAUGCGAACGCCAUUGAAGAGGUAAAUCUUGCUUAUGAGAACGUGAAGGAAGUCGAUGGCUUGGAUGUUUCAAAAGAAGGCACGGAAGCCUGGGAAGCUGCGCUAAAGAGAUAUGAUGAAAGAAUAGACCGGGUGGAGACCAGAAUCACCGCUCGUCUCCGAGAUCAACUGGGCACGGCCAAAAAUGCCAACGAAAUGUUCCGAAUCUUCUCUAGGUUCAAUGCCCUCUUUGUAAGACCGCACAUCAGAGGAGCUAUCAGGGAGUACCAAACUCAGCUUAUCCAGCGAGUGAAGGAUGACAUUGAGUCUCUUCAUGACAAGUUCAAAGUUCAGUACCCUCAGAGCCAAGCGUGCAAGAUGAGUCAUGUCCGGGACUUGCCUCCGGUUUCCGGCUCCAUAAUCUGGGCCAAACAGAUUGACCGGCAGCUGACUGCCUACAUGAAACGAGUGGAAGAUGUACUUGGCAAGGGGUGGGAAAACCAUGUAGAAGGCCAGAAACUGAAGCAGGACGGAGACAGCUUCCGUAUGAAGCUUAAUACGCAAGAAAUUUUUGAUGACUGGGCACGAAAAGUUCAACAACGCAACCUUGGUGUGUCGGGGCGCAUCUUUACCAUCGAAAGCACACGUGCCAGGGGGAGGACUGGGAAUGUGCUCAAACUGAAGGUCAACUUCCUGCCUGAAAUCAUAACUCUCUCAAAGGAAGUCAGGAACUUGAAGUGGCUUGGGUUCCGUGUUCCGUUAGCCAUUGUCAACAAAGCUCAUCAGGCAAAUCAGCUUUAUCCUUUUGCCAUAUCUCUGAUUGAAAGUGUCCGUACGUAUGAGCGCACGUGUGAGAAAGUGGAAGAGCGCAACACUAUAAUCUUGCUGGUGGCGGGACUUAAGAAGGAGGUGCAGGCUCUCAUAGCUGAGGGAAUAGCUCUCGUGUGGGAGUCCUACAAGCUUGAUCCCUAUGUCCAGCGUUUAGCGGAGACGGUCUUCAAUUUCCAGGAAAAGGUGGACGAUCUCCUCAUAAUUGAAGAGAAGAUUGACUUGGAGGUCCGUUCGUUAGAAACCUGCAUGUACGACCACAAAACCUUCUCUGAGAUCCUGAAUCGAGUACAAAAAGCAGUUGAUGACUUGAACCUUCACUCUUAUUCCAACCUUCCCAUCUGGGUUAACAAACUUGAUAUGGAGAUUGAGAGGAUCUUGGGCGUCAGACUACAAGCCGGUUUGAAGACAUGGACCCAGGUUCUCAUGGGUCAGUUUGAUGAUAAAGCGGAAGUGGAUAUGGACACAGAUGCUCCCCAAGUCAGCCACAAACCUGGUGGUGAGCCCAAAAUCAAGAACAUUGUCCACGAGCUGCGCAUCACCAAUCAGGUCAUUUACCUAAACCCACCAAUUGAAGAUUGCAGAUUUAAAUUGUAUCAAGAAAUGUUUGCCUGGAAGACGGUGAUUCUGUCAUUGCCCAGAAUACAGAGUCAGCGAUACCAGGUUGGCGUCCAUUACGAACUGUCUGAAGAGGAAAAGUAUUACCGGAACGCGCUGACUCGCAUGCCUGAUGGGCCAGCCGGCCUGGAGGAAGCCUACAAUGCGGUUAUGGGUAUCGUGAUGGAGGUGGAGCAGUAUGUCAAGGUGUGGUUGCAGUACCAGUGCUUGUGGGACAUGCAGGCAGAGAACAUUUACAAUCGCCUGGGAGAAGACCUGAACAAGUGGCAGGCGCUGCUCGUCCAGAUCAGGAAGGCCCGCGGGACAUUCGACAAUGCGGAGACCAGGAAGGAUUUUGGACCAGUGAUCAUUGACUAUGGAAAGGUCCAGUCUAAAGUCAAUCUGAAAUACGACUCUUGGCACAAGGAGGUCCUCAGCAAGUUUGGUCAGAUGCUCGGGCAGAACAUGACUGAGUUUCAUUCGCAGAUCUCUAAGUCUCGUCAAGAGCUGGAGCAGCAUUCAGUGGACACUGCCAGUACGUCGGACGCGGUCACCUUUAUAACCUACGUCCAGUCUCUGAAAAGGAAGAUCAAGCAGUUUGAGAAGCAAGUUGAUCUCUACAGGAAUGGGCAGCGAUUGCUGGAGAAACAGCGCUUCCAGUUCCCGUCCUCUUGGCUCUACAUAGACAACAUAGAAGGGGAGUGGGGCGCGUUCAAUGACAUCAUGCGACGCAAGGAUUCUGCCAUCCAGCAGCAAGUGGCCAAUCUACAAAUGAAGAUCGUCCAGGAGGACCGGGCCGUAGAGAGUCGCACUAUCGAUCUGCUUACUGACUGGGAGAAGACCAAGCCUGUCGCCGGAAGCCUGCGUCCUGAAGAUGCUCUGCAGGCGCUCACAAUAUAUGAAGGGAAGUUCGGCAGAUUGAAAGAUGACCGUGAAAAGUGUGCUAAAGCUAAGGAAGCCCUGGAGCUGACAGACACGGGAUUGCUGAGCGGCAGUGAGGAGCGUGUCCAGGUGGCAUUGGAAGAACUGCAAGAUCUAAAGGGUGUCUGGUCUGAACUUUCCAAAGUUUGGGAGCAGAUUGACCAAAUGAAGGAACAACCGUGGGUGUCCGUACAGCCGCGCAAGUUGCGGCAGAGCCUGGACGGGCUGCUGAAUCAGCUGAAGAAUUUCCCCACCCGGUUGCGGCAGUACGCGUCCUACGAAUACGUGCAGAGGCUGCUGAAGGGCUACAUGAAGAUUAACAUGCUGGUGAUCGAGCUGAAGUCGGAAGCCCUGAAGGAUCGUCACUGGAAGCAGCUGAUGAGGAGGCUGCACGUGAACUGGGUGGUGUCUGAGCUCACGCUGGGCCAGAUCUGGGAUGUAGACUUGCAGAGGAACGAGGCCAUUGUCAAAGACGUCUUGCUAGUUGCACAAGGAGAAAUGGCCUUGGAGGAGUUCUUAAAACAGAUCAGAGAAGUGUGGAACGCCUAUGAGCUGGAUCUUGUGAACUAUCAGAACAAAUGUCGCCUGAUCCGUGGCUGGGACGAUCUGUUCAAUAAGGUGAAGGAGCACAUCAACAGCGUAUCUGCGAUGAAGCUUUCUCCCUACUACAAGGUAUUUGAAGAGGAUGCCCUGAGCUGGGAAGACAAACUUAACCGGAUCAUGGCGUUGUUCGAUGUGUGGAUUGAUGUCCAGAGGCGCUGGGUAUACCUGGAGGGCAUCUUCACAGGCAGCGCUGACAUAAAGCACCUGCUUCCCGUGGAGACGCAGCGCUUCCAGAGCAUCAGUACCGAAUUCCUGUCCCUCAUGAAGAAGGUCACAAAGUCUCCGCUUGUCAUGGACGUCCUGAAUAUCCAAGGAGUGCAGAGGUCUCUGGAGCGACUGGCCGACUUACUGGGCAAAAUCCAGAAAGCACUGGGAGAGUAUUUGGAAAGGGAACGUUCUUCAUUUCCACGAUUCUACUUCGUUGGUGAUGAAGACCUGCUGGAAAUCAUUGGAAACAGCAAAAAUGUCCCCAAAUUGCAGAAACACUUCAAGAAAAUGUUUGCCGGGGUCUCCAGCAUCAUUCUGAACGAGGACAGCUCUGUUGUCUUGGGAAUCUCUUCAAGAGAAGGGGAGGAGGUGAUGUUCAAGACUCCAGUGUCCAUCACGGAGCAUCCAAAGAUCAAUGAGUGGCUGACACUGGUGGAGAAGGAAAUGAGAGUGACCUUGGCGAAGCUGUUGGCUGAAUCAGUCACUGAAGUGGAGAUCUUUGGGAAGUCCACAGCCAUCGAUUCUGCCACGUACAUCUCGUGGAUUGAUAAGUACCAGGCUCAGCUCGUGGUCCUGUCGGCUCAGAUUGCCUGGUCAGAGAACGUGGAAUUUGCGCUCAACAGCGCGUCUGAAGGCGGAGGAGGUUCAAGUCCCCUGCAAUCUGUGCUGACCAACGUGGAGAUCACACUCACUGUCUUGGCAGACUCCGUUUUGAUGGAACAGCCGCCUUUGCGCAGGAGGAAGCUUGAGCACCUGAUCACAGAACUGGUGCACCAAAGGGAUGUCACAAGAUCUCUCAUGAAACUGCGGGUGGACAACCCCAAGUCCUUUGAGUGGCUGAGUCAGAUGAGGUUCUACUUCGAUCCGAAACAGACAGACGUUCUGCAGCAGCUCUCCAUCCAGAUGGCAAAUGCCAAAUUCAAUUACGGCUUUGAGUACCUGGGCGUCCAGGAUAAACUUGUGCAAACACCUCUCACUGAUCGCUGCUACCUGACGAUGACCCAGGCUCUAGAAGCAAGGCUCGGAGGGUCACCUUUUGGCCCCGCGGGUACCGGAAAAACAGAGUCUGUCAAGGCGCUUGGGCACCAGCUUGGCCGCUUCGUGCUGGUUUUCAAUUGUGAUGAAACAUUUGACUUUCAGGCUAUGGGCCGUAUUUUUGUGGGUCUGUGUCAGGUCGGAGCUUGGGGCUGUUUUGAUGAGUUCAACAGAUUGGAAGAACGCAUGUUGUCCGCAGUCUCUCAGCAAGUGCAGUGUAUCCAGGAGGCUCUGAGAGAGCACUCUAAUCCAAACCGAGACCGAACUCUCACCAUCACCUGCGAACUGCUGAAUAAGCAGGUGAAAGUCAGCCCCGACAUGGCAAUCUUCAUCACCAUGAACCCUGGCUACGCCGGACGAUCCAACCUGCCAGAUAACUUGAAAAAGCUGUUCCGCAGCUUGGCCAUGACCAAGCCAGAUCGCCAGUUGAUUGCUCAGGUCAUGCUGUACUCCCAAGGCUUCCGGACUGCCGAAGUGCUGGCCAACAAAAUCGUGCCGUUCUUCAAAUUGUGUGAUGAGCAGCUGUCCUCUCAGAGCCACUACGACUUUGGCCUACGAGCUCUGAAGAGCGUUCUCGUGAGUGCUGGCAAUGUCAAGAGAGAGCGCAUUCAGAAGAUCAAAAAGGAGAAAGAGGAACGUGGAGAAGCUGCUGUUGAAGGAGAAGUGGCUGAGCACCUGCCCGAACAAGAGAUCCUGAUCCAAAGUGUUUGUGAGACCAUGGUGCCCAAGCUGGUUGCAGAAGAUAUCCCGCUGCUGUUUUCUCUGCUGUCUGACGUGUUCCCCGGAGUCCAGUACCACCGCGGUGAGAUGACCGCACUUCGAGAGGAGCUGAAGAAGGUCUGUCAGGAGAUGUAUCUGACCUACGGAGAUGGAGAUGGAGAGGAAGUGGGUGGCAUGUGGGUGGAGAAGGUUCUUCAGCUCUACCAGAUCACACAGAUCAACCAUGGUCUGAUGAUGGUAGGUCCCUCUGGCAGUGGCAAGACCAUGGCAUGGAGAGUGUUGUUGAAAGCCUUGGAAAGAUUGGAAGGAGUUGAAGGUGUUUCGCACAUCAUUGAUCCUAAAGCGAUCAGCAAGGACCAUCUGUACGGCACCCUGGAUCCGAACACCAGGGAAUGGACUGAUGGGUUGUUCACCCACGUUCUCCGAAAGAUCAUUGACAAUGUCCGAGGCGAGCUUCACAAGCGCCAGUGGAUCAUCUUUGACGGUGAUGUGGAUCCCGAAUGGGUUGAGAACUUGAACUCUGUCUUGGAUGAUAACAAACUCCUCACACUUCCCAAUGGAGAACGUCUCAGCCUCCCACCAAAUGUGCGCAUUAUGUUUGAAGUCCAGGACUUGAAGUAUGCGACUUUGGCCACUGUGUCCAGAUGUGGCAUGGUGUGGUUCAGUGAGGAUGUCCUGAGCACGGACAUGAUCUUUAACAACUUCCUUGCCCGCAUGCGAAGCAUCCCUCUUGAUGAAGGUGAAGAUGAAGCACAGCGCAUGAGGAAGGGCAAAGAAGAUGAGGGAGAAGAGUCUGCUUCUCCAAUGCUUCAGAUCCAGCGAGAUGCAGCAACCGUCCUGCAGCCAUACUUCACAUCCAGUGGGCUGGUGAUCAAGGCUCUGGAACAUGCCUUCAAACUAGAGCACAUUAUGGACCUGACCCGCCUGCGCUGCCUGGGUUCCCUCUUCUCCAUGCUGCACCAAGCUUGCCGCAACAUUGCCCAGUACGAUGCCAACCACCCUGACUUUCAGAUGCAGAUUGACCAGUUGGAACGCUACAUCCAGCGCUACCUCAUCUAUGCCGUCCUGUGGUCCUUCUCUGGGGACGGUCGCCUGAAAAUGAGGGCAGAGCUCGGGGAGUACAUCAGGAGGGUAACUACUAUCCCGCUGCCAACAACACCCAACAUUCCCAUUAUUGACUACGAGGUCUCCAUCAGUGGCGAAUGGGUUCCGUGGCAGUGCAAAGUGCCUCAGAUUGAAGUUGAAACUCACAAAGUGGCAGCACCUGAUGUUGUUGUGCCCACUCUGGAUACCGUGCGGCACGAGGCGCUUCUCUACACAUGGCUGGCGGAGCACAAGCCACUGGUGCUGUGUGGGCCGCCCGGCUCAGGAAAGACCAUGACCCUCUUCAGCGCUUUGCGUGCGCUCCCUGACAUGGAGGUUGUUGGCCUGAACUUUUCUAGUGCCACCACCCCAGAGCUACUGCUGAAAACAUUUGAUCACUACUGUGAAUACCGCCGUACGCCGAACGGUGUGGUCCUGGCGCCGGUGCAGCUUGGAAAGUGGCUGGUGCUGUUCUGUGAUGAAAUCAACUUGCCAGAUAUGGAUAAAUACGGCACCCAGAGAGUCAUCUCUUUCAUCAGACAGAUGGUGGAACACGGAGGAUUUUACAGGACGUCUGAUCAAACAUGGGUAAAGCUGGAAAGAAUUCAGUUUGUUGGCGCUUGCAACCCACCUACGGACCCUGGACGAAAGCCUCUGUCCCACAGGUUCUUGCGACAUGUCCCUGUGGUGUAUGUGGACUAUCCAGGACCUGCGUCAUUGACCCAGAUCUAUGGGACAUUCAACCGUGCAAUGCUGAGACUCAUCCCCUCGCUGCGCACGUACGCUGAGCCACUCACGGCGGCGAUGGUGGAGUUUUACACUAUGUCACAGGAGAGAUUUACCCAGGACACCCAGCCGCAUUACAUCUACUCUCCCCGUGAGAUGACCCGGUGGGUGAGAGGAAUUUUUGAAGCCUUAAGACCACUUGAGACCCUGGCGGUAGAAGGGCUGAUCAGAAUUUGGGCACAUGAAGCUCUGCGUCUAUUCCAGGAUAGGUUAGUGGAAGAUGAAGAGAGACGUUGGACUGAUGAGAACAUUAACAUGGUGGCCCUGAAGCACUUCCCUAAUAUAGAGAAAGAUAAAGCACUGAACAGGCCCAUCCUGUACAGCAACUGGUUGUCCAAGGAUUAUAUUCCAGUUGACCAAGAAGAGCUGAGGGACUAUGUCAAAGCUCGCCUGAAGGUUUUCUAUGAGGAGGAAUUGGAUGUGCCACUCGUACUGUUCAAUGAAGUUCUGGACCACGUCCUAAGAAUUGACAGAAUCUUCCGACAACCACAGGGUCACUUACUCCUGAUUGGAGUGAGCGGCGCUGGAAAGACGACACUGUCGCGCUUUGUCGCUUGGAUGAACGGUCUUAGCGUCUACCAGAUUAAGGUGCACAGGAAGUACACUGGUGAAGAUUUCGAUGAAGAUCUUAGAACUGUCCUAAGGCGCUCCGGCUGCAAAAAUGAGAAGAUUGCGUUCAUUAUGGAUGAGUCCAAUGUUUUGGAUUCUGGUUUCCUGGAGAGAAUGAACACUUUGCUGGCCAACGGCGAGGUUCCUGGUUUGUUUGAGGGUGAUGAAUACUCCACACUAAUGACACAGUGCAAGGAAGGCGCUCAGAAAGAAGGUUUAAUGCUGGACUCGCAUGAAGAACUGUACAAGUGGUUCACCAGCCAGGUCAUUCGCAAUCUCCAUGUUGUUUUCACCAUGAACCCAUCCUCAGAAGGUCUGAAGGACAGAGCUGCAACAUCUCCAGCCCUCUUCAACAGGUGUGUCCUGAAUUGGUUUGGUGAUUGGUCAACAGAAGCUCUCUACCAAGUCGGAAAGGAAUUCACAAGUAAAAUGGACCUGGAGAAACCAAAUUACAUUGUUCCAGAUUAUAUGCCUGUGGUGUAUGAUAAACUCCCGCAGACGCCGUCUCACAGGGAGGCCAUCGUCAAUGGCUGCGUAUUUGUUCACCAAACGCUCCACCAGGCAAACACCCGUCUUGCCAAGAGAGGAGGCAGGACAAUGGCCAUUACGCCCCGUCAUUAUCUGGACUUUAUAAAUCACUACGCAGAUCUGUUUAAUGAGAAACGCAGCGAGCUGGAGGAACAGCAGAUGCAUCUGAAUGUCGGUCUGCGAAAGAUCAAAGAAACUGUGGACCAGGUGGAGGAACUUCGCCGUGACCUGCGGAUAAAAAGCCAGGAACUGGAAGUGAAAAACGCGGCGGCCAAUGACAAGUUGAAGAAAAUGGUGAAGGAUCAGCAAGAAGCAGAAAAGAAAAAGGUGAUGAGCCAGGAGAUCCAGGAACAGCUGCACAAGCAGCAAGCGGUCAUUGCCGACAAGCAGAUGAGUGUGAAGGAAGACCUGGAUCAGGUAGAGCCUGCCGUCAUUGAGGCUCAGAAUGCUGUUAAAUCAAUAAAGAAACAGCACCUGGUAGAGGUCCGUUCUAUGGCUAAUCCUCCAGCAGCAGUGAAGCUGGCGCUAGAGUCCAUCUGUCUGCUGCUGGGUGAGAGUACAACGGACUGGAAGCAGAUUCGUUCCAUCAUUAUGCGGGAAAACUUCAUUCCAACUAUUGUAAACUUUUCCGCUGAGGAGAUCAGUGAUUCCAUCCGGGAGAAGAUGAAGAAGAAUUACUUAUCCAAUCCAAGCUACAAUUACGAAAUUGUAAACCGAGCUUCCCUGGCUUGUGGACCUAUGGUGAAAUGGGCCAUUGCUCAGCUGAACUACGCUGACAUGCUGAAACGCGUGGAGCCCUUGCGCAAUGAGCUGCAGAAACUGGAAGAUGAUGCUAAAGACAACCAGGCAAAAGCCAAUGAAGUGGAGCAAAUGAUCCGAGACCUUGAAGCCAGUAUUGCGCGGUACAAGGAGGAAUACGCCGUUCUCAUCUCCGAAGCCCAGGCUAUCAAAGCUGACCUGGCGGCUGUAGAAGCCAAGGUUAAUCGCAGCACAGCGCUUCUGAAGAGCCUGUCCGCAGAACGAGACCGGUGGGAGAAGACCAGCGAAACCUUCAAAAACCAGAUGUCCACCAUUGCUGGUGACUGCUUACUGUCGGCUGCGUUCAUCGCCUACGCUGGCUAUUUUGACCAACAGAUGCGGCAGAACUUGUUCACCACGUGGUCCCAUCACUUGCAGCAGGCAAACAUCCAGUUCCGCACAGACAUUGCAAGAACGGAAUACCUGUCUAAUGCAGACGAGAGGCUUCGCUGGCAAGCCAGUUCCUUACCUGCAGAUGACCUGUGCACGGAGAACGCCAUCAUGCUGAAACGGUUCAAUAGGUAUCCCCUGAUCAUUGAUCCAUCAGGCCAAGCAACAGAGUUCAUCAUGAAUGAGUACAAGGACCGGAAGAUCACCCGCACAAGCUUUUUGGAUGAUGCUUUCAGAAAGAACUUGGAAAGUGCCCUCCGCUUUGGAAACCCUCUUCUUGUUCAGGAUGUUGAGAGCUAUGAUCCUAUACUGAAUCCUGUUCUGAAUCGUGAAGUGCGCAGAACUGGAGGCAGAGUGCUGAUUACACUCGGAGAUCAGGACAUUGAUUUGUCCCCGUCAUUCGUCAUCUUCCUCUCUACGAGAGACCCCACAGUGGAGUUUCCGCCGGAUCUGUGCUCGCGUGUGACGUUUGUGAACUUCACCGUGACUCGCAGCAGUCUGCAGAGCCAGUGUCUGAAUGAGGUGUUGAAGGCAGAACGGCCGGAUGUAGAUGAGAAACGCUCAGAUCUUCUUAAACUGCAAGGUGAGUUCCAACUUCGCUUGAGGCAGUUGGAGAAGUCGCUGCUCCAAGCCCUCAACGAGGUGAAGGGGCGUAUACUGGACGACGACACGAUCAUCACUACAUUGGAGAACCUGAAAAAGGAGGCGGCGGAGGUGACCCGCAAAGUGGAGGAAACGGACAUCAUCAUGCAGGAGGUGGAGACAGUGUCUCAGCAGUACCUGCCCCUGUCCACUGCCUGCAGCAGCAUCUACUUCACCAUGGAGACCCUGAAACAAAUACACUUCCUGUACCAGUAUUCUCUGCAGUUCUUCCUGGAUAUCUAUCACACUGUUCUGUACGAGAACGCCAACCUGACGGGCACCACCGACCACACGCAGCGUCUCUCCGUCAUCACCAAGGACCUGUUCCAGGUGGCCUUCAACCGAGUGGCUCGCGGAAUGCUGCAUAAUGACCACAUAACCUUCGCCAUGCUGCUGGCUAGAAUUAAACUGAAGGGAACCAUUGGGGAGCCCACGUAUGACCACGAGUUCCAGCACUUCCUCCGAGGCAAAGAGAUUGUGCUUGGCUCCGCCUCUGUGCCGAAAAUGAGCGGUCUGACGGAAGAACAGGUGGAGGCCAUGAUCAGACUUUCCAACCUGCCAGCGUUCAGGGAUGUCAUGUCUAAGGUUGAGGCUGAUGACCAAUUCUUCAUAUGGCUGGAGAGCAGUUCCCCUGAGCAGACCGUGCCGUACAUAUGGAAUGAAGAUAAGCCAGCAACGCCCAUCGGCCAAGCUGUCCAUCGCUUGCUUCUGAUCCAGGCCUUCCGCCCAGACCGCUUGUUGGCCAUGGCACAUAUCUUUGUCUCUACAAUCCUUGGAGACUCUUUUAUGUCGGUCAUCGAUCAGCCCCUGGAUCUGGCAUACAUCGUGGACACAGAGGUGAAACCAAACACCCCAGUUCUGAUGUGCUCUGUUCCCGGCUAUGACGCCAGCGGCCGCGUGGAAGACCUAGCAGCUGAACAGAAUAGUCAGAUCACGUCAAUCGCCAUCGGCUCAGCCGAAGGCUUUAAUCAGGCGGAGAAGGCGAUAAACACUGCGGUGAAGUCGGGAAGGUGGGUGAUGCUGAAGAACGUCCACUUGGCUCCCGCUUGGCUGAUGCAGCUGGAAAAGAAGCUCCACUCUCUGCAGCCACAUUCCUCUUUCCGGCUCUUCCUAACCAUGGAAAUUAACCCCAAGGUGCCAGUGAAUCUCCUGCGCGCUGGCCGCAUCUUUGUGUUUGAACCACCACCUGGCGUGAAGGCCAACAUGCUGCGAACCUUCAGUAGCAUUCCCGUCUCUAGGAUCUGCAAGUCUCCAAACGAGCGUGCUCGGCUGUAUUUCCUGCUGGCCUGGUUCCACGCAAUCAUCCAGGAACGCCUGCGUUACGCUCCACUAGGUUGGUCUAAGAAAUACGAAUUUGGUGAAUCCGAUCUGAGAUCGGCCUGUGACACGGUGGAUACUUGGCUGGACGACACCGCGAAGGGCCGGCAGAACAUCUCACCAGAUAAGAUACCAUGGUCCGCUUUAAAGACCCUGAUGGCACAGUCCAUUUACGGAGGCCGCAUUGAUAAUGAAUUUGAUCAGCGUCUGCUCAACACCUUCCUCGACAGACUCUUCACUACUUCAAGUUUUGAUGGGGACUUUAAACUUGCUUGUAAGGUGGAUGGACACAAGGACAUCCAAAUGCCAGAUGGCAUCAGGCGUGACGAGUUUGUGCAGUGGGUGGAGUUACUGCCAGACACACAGACUCCAUCCUGGCUUGGACUACCGAACAACGCCGAAUGUGUCCUCCUCACCACACAGGGCAUUGACAUGAUCAGCAAAAUGCUGAAGAUGCAAAUGCUGGAGGAUGAGGAUGACUUGGCUUAUGCGGAGACAGAGAAAAAGCAGAGAACCGAUUCCACGUCGGACGGCCGCCCAGCCUGGAUGAGGACGCUGCACACCACCGCCUGCAACUGGCUACACGUCAUUCCACACACCCUCAGCCACCUGAAGCGCACAGUGGAGAACAUAAAGGAUCCUCUGUUCAGGUUCUUUGAACGCGAGGUAAAGAUGGGCGCCAAGUUGCUUCAGGACGUGCGUCAGGAUCUCACGGACGUGGUACAAGUGUGUGAAGGAAAGAAGAAACAGACAAACUAUCUGCGCACUUUGAUUAAUGAGCUGGUGAAAGGUAUCCUCCCUCGGAGCUGGUCUCGCUUCACAGUUCCCGCCGGGAUGACGGUCAUUCAGUGGGUCGCAGAUUUUAGUGAACGUAUUAAACAGUUUCAAAAUAUAUCUCAGGCCGCAGCGACCAGUGGAGCCAAAGAACUGAAGAACAUCCACGUGUGGUUGGGCGGCUUGUUUGUCCCAGAAGCUUACAUCACGGCCACCAGACAGUACGUGGCUCAGGCAAACAGCUGGUCCCUGGAAGAACUGUGUCUGGAAGUGAGCGUCACCAAUUCCCUCAGUGAGGUUCUGGACGCCUAUAGCUUCGGAAUCGCAGGUCUGAAACUCCAAGGUGCGAUCUGCACAAACAACAAGCUGUCCCUGUCUAACGCCAUUUCCACGGUGCUGACGCUGACUCAGCUGCGCUGGAGCAAGCAGAGCAAAGCGGAGAGGAAGGCUAAUGCGGUCACCUUGCCUGUUUACCUGAACUUCACCCGCGCCGACUUGAUCUUCACGGUUGACUUUGACAUUGCCACCAAAGAGGACCCGCAUAGCUUCUAUGAGCGGGGGGUGGCGAUCCUGAGCACAGAGUAACAGUAGACGUGUAGUAAGCGCUUGUAGUUGUUCGUGUUGCUCAGUUCUGUGGAUGCAGGGGAUGUUUAAUGGAGCGGUCAUGUGGUUGGAUGGUGAUAUGUUGGUUGGGGACGUGGUCGACGGGAAUGUGAUUUAGAAAGACGGAUGAUGGAAUAAAAUAUGGAAAUGUCCUUAUCGGGAAAGGGAAGUCGCAUCGCAUUAUGUGGAGAGAGUCUUUGGUAGGUUACAGUCAGAAGGAAACACGUUUAUGUGUAACUUUUACAUGUGUUCUUUAUAUAACUGCUUGGUGUUAUUUUAAGCUAUUAAAAACUCUGCAAUACGUGA